AUGUGCCAAAUUUGUCUUACUAAUCCAUCAGUUCAGGUCACUUUAGACCAUAGAAUUGAAGUCAAAGAAAAUUCAAUCCCUGAACUAAAACCCGGUGAAGUGUUGAUUAAUCCUAGAGCUACUGGAAUAUGUGGUAGCGAUAUUCAUUUGUGGAAACAUGGUCAAAUUGGUGAAUUGAAAUUACAUGGGAACUUGGUCUUGGGUCAUGAAGCAGCUGGUGAUAUUGUUGGUGUUGGUGAUGGAGUUCAUAAUGUUAAGAUAGGUGAUAGGGUUGCGAUUGAACCAGGUAUUCCAUGUCAUGAAUGUUUCCUUUGUCGUCAAGGUGAUUAUAAUCUUUGUCAAAGUGUCAAAUUUAUUGGAAUUUACCCUAAUCCAGGUUCAAUGCAGCGGUAUCUUGUUCAUGAUGCAAGAUAUGUUUACAAAAUACCAAGCAAUAUGAGCUAUUCCCAAGGGGCGUUAGUUGAACCUGUUUCAGUUGCUUAUCACGGAGUGACAAGAGCCCAGUUGGUUCUGGGACAAGGUGUUUUAAUUGCAGGAGCAGGUCCUAUUGGAUUGGUCACGUUGUUAUUGACUAACGCGUCGGGUUGUACUCCUAUAGUGAUUUCUGAUUUGAGUGAGAAAAGAUUGAGCUUUGCCAAAAGAUUGGUACCUCAUGCUAAGACCUAUAAAUUUGAUCCAAAAAUUACAUCUCAAUUAAAUGCUGCAAAUAUAAGAAACUUGUUUGGGCCCGGUGAAGAAAAUGCCCCGUCGCAUGUUUUGGAGUGUACUGGUGUUGAAAGCUCAAUUAUAACAGGUGCUUAUGCUACCAGGAGAUCAGGAACUCUGGUGAUUAUCGGUGUUGGAAAAGAUAUUAUCAACAAUUUCCCGUUUAUGCAUUUAUCUUUUGCUGAGAUUGAAAAGUUCAUUAACAGAUAUCAUGACACAUGGCCAACAGUAAUUAAAAUGAUUUCAAAAAAAAUCAUCAAUGUUGACCAGCUGGUUACACAUAGAUUCCCCAUGGAGAAAGUUCAAGAAGCAAUCGAAUUAGCUGGUAAUCCAAGUAAAGGUAGCAUCAAAGUCAUUAUUGAAGAUAAUGCCAAUUUACACCACUGA